CUGAAGAAAACGUCCUCAUUCCUUUCUCAAGGCACCAGUCUCGUGCUUUUUAAGUGUUGCGCUUCUUAUAAAAUUUACUUUUCAGUGAAAUUUUGGCUUUUUCAGCAUUUCCCAAGACCGUGCCUGUUGAAUUUCUUCCGAAUUAGUGCCGUCCGAAACCUUCUCCUUAUCAAAACAUGGGUGCGGAGAGUUCAUUACCGAUGGAAAUGUGUAGCAACUGUAAUCGAUGCAUAUGAGCUUCGAAGGCUUGCACGUCGUUUCAAGAAACUGGAUAUUGAUGGAUCAGGAUCAUUAUCAGUAGAGGAAUUCAUGUCGCUGCCUGAACUACAGCAAAAUCCACUUGUUCAAAGAGUUAUUGAUAUAUUUGACGAAGACGGGAAUGGAGAAGUCGAUUUUCGAGGUAAGCUGAUGAUUCAAGACAAUUUGUUUUCCAAGAGUUUCUACUAUUUUCCCUGGUUCAUAUUGGUCUGA